UCUAUGAUAAAAUAUACAACCAUCCGGUCUUGCUAUUGUUUUACAGACAUAAAGUAUUAUGAACUACAUUAUCUAGUGUGAAUAGACCAUAAAAAAAAUAUUAAUGUACGACAUAAGGGUGAUAUGAGUUGUUUCUAUUAAGACAUAUGACCACAGUAGCUUCGUUUCAUGUGGAUUUGGAAUGGAAACGGAAACCGAUCUAAGGGAGAUAAUUAGAGACAUACUAUAAUGGCGGUGGUUCUGACCAAAUCAUCUUGGUGCGAUGUUUUGAAGGUUGCGUUAGUAUCUUUAAGGAGAAGGAAGAUUAAAAAUGGUCUUUGCUGUAGACAUUUCGGACAACCAGUUCCGAAGACUCAUCCACAUCUUCUAAAGGAAGGUCAAGUGACUCCUGGAAUUACCGAAGACGAAUAUCGUCGCAGACGCAUUGCAUUGUUUCGAAAUGCUCUCCAACAGCGAAAAUCUGGUAACCCGAAGGGCAUGAUUUUUAUAUUCCCUUCAGCUUCUAAGGUAUUCAUGAGUUACGAUAUUCCUUACACUUUUAGGCAAAACACUGAAUUUUUGUAUUUAUGUGGUUUCUUGGAACCAGAUAGUUUAUUAUUAAUCUUCAACAACCCGAAUGACGGACACCCUUAUGCCGACCCGAAGUCCGUUCUAUUUGUUCCCCCCAAGAACCCGCAGCGGGAACUGUGGGAUGGUCCUUGCUCAGGAGUUGAAGGGACGUUAUCUUUUACCGGAAUCGAUGCUGCUUAUACUGUUGACGAACUGGAGUCGUUUCUUUAUGAAUACAAGAAGAAUCAUUCUAGGUAUACGGUUUGGUAUAACUUUAACAAACCCGUUCAGAAGAAAAUACACGACAGAUUCCUAACCAGGUUUAUUCAAGAAAGUAGAAACUGUAAUUUUGAGAUUACCGACAAAUUAGUUCAAGACCUCAGACUCAUCAAAUCAGAGGAUGAGAUUGAACUGAUGAAGAAUUCUGUGGAAAUCGCUUCCGAAUCUUUAGUAAAAGUAAUGGAGUUUUCACAGCCAGGUAUGAAUGAAAGUAUGCUUGUUGCUAAAAUGGAUUACGAAUGUCGAAUACGAGGUGCACAGUACCUGGCGUACCCACCAGUCGUAGCUGGAGGAAAUCGUGCCAACACUGUACAUUAUGUAAAUAAUAACCAAAUUGUGAAUGACGGGGAAUUAGUGUUAAUGGAUGCUGGCUGUGAACUUCACGGUUAUACCAGCGAUCUAACCAGGACUUGGCCUAUUUCAGGAACUUUCUCGAAGGUCCAAAAAGAAGUCUAUAAUGCAGUUCUCAGAUGUCAGGAAUUGUGUUUGAAAAUGUGUCGAAAGGCUUUCUCUUUGGAUGAUAUCUACACUGAAAUGCUCGCUAUUCUCGGUUGUGAACUGAAAGCGUUGGGAUUAAUUGAAUCAAGUUUAAGUGGAAGUAAGCUAAUGGCAGCUGCUCGGAAGUUCUGUCCCCAUCAUGUUGGUCAUUACCUUGGCAUGGAUGUCCACGAUACUCCGAUCAUUUCUCGACGUAUCAACCUCGAACCUGGCAUGAUUGUGACUAUAGAGCCUGGCAUUUACAUACCUGAAACCAAUAUGAUGGUGCCAGCAGAAUUUAGAGGCAUUGGGAUUCGAAUAGAAGACAACGUGUUGAUAACAAAUUCUUCACCUGUCAUCCUGUCCAGUAAUUGUCCAAAGAGAGUUGAAGACAUUGAAGAUGUUAUGAAUUCAAAGAGGAGUUAGCAAGUUAGUGUGUGAUAUGGAAUGUGUGUGUGAGAGGAAGAACUCUGAAGAUGUAAACAAGAUCAGUACCAAGUUGUUUAAUCUGAAGUUAACACUGAUUAAACAGAGCCAUGAAUGAAGGCAUUCCAUCUCAUCUUUUCAGACAUAUUCUUGGAAUAUAUUAUCCAGUAUACUCCUUAAAUACAGUAGGAUGUGAUCUAUAGGUAUUUUGGCUGUUAUUUCUUGCAGUUUGAUCGACUACAUGGUGGCACAAUUGCUCAUUGAUGCAAGGUCAUGAGAUUACCACUUAAUGGUAAAAGAAAGGAAAGAACAAUUUUUAAAAUUAUAAUAUAAAAUAUUGUAAUUUGUAAAGAACUGAAAUAACUUUAUUGAACUAAAUUUUAAUGAUUCUUUCUCUAUUUAUUUUGGAAUAUGAAAGAAUAACAAACCCAUCACUACCACCAUUGUGUAUGUAUGUGAUUCUUCUCUCCCUGUAUAUAGAAUUAGAAUUCCAUCCAUUGCUAUCUUCCAAUCAACAUUUGUAGUUGAGUGAUUUUGCUUUUAAAGGGCUGUGAAGUCAAAGUCAUGGAAUUGGAGUUGGAAGUAAUUGUUCGACCACAAGAAUCAGUGAUUGACUUCAAACCAACAAUAGAUGUAAAAUAAUGUGUUAAAAAUUUUCCUAUUUCACAAUUUUUAAUUUGAUUACAGUUACAGCUACAAAUUUGAAAAUGAAUCAUAUUUAAAGUCUUCUGUGAAGGAAGAUCUGAUAAGAAAGAAUUCUUUUUCUAAGAACAAGAUGUUUAGAUAUGCACUUUCAAUUGAAUCCCUUUUCUAAAUGUACCAUGUUUCUUUGUAGAGAUAAACUUCUCAAUAGUUUACAAUAUAAUUUAUAUUUCAUUUAAAGUAAUCUUUCAUGUUACAUUCACUUGAAUUACUCAUGCACUCAACACCAGAGCUGAAGACACCACCGAAAGGGGGGGGGGGCACCACGUCAAAACAGUAGAGGAGUAGGGGCCGAAACCGGACGUGGUUCCUCCUGAUGAUGUUUUGAAUUAACUGGAUCCUAUAAAGGAGCUGUUGUGGUAGCAGACCACGAAACAUGGUUGAAAUUCCAGGGAUUCUCAACCAUUUUUUACCUAUGGACCCCUUGUGAUUACUAUUUUAUUCUGUUGGACCUCCAUAGUCAUUCGAUGUUUAAAAAUUAGCUUUAUAGAAACUUCUUUCAAAAUUCCUAAUUUGUUUUUUACACAUUCACUUUUGUGGGUUGAACUAUGUUAAAAUGAUGGAGAAAAAACUUAGCUGUUUCUUAAAAAACGUACCAAUAUAUGCAUCUAAAGCAACAUUUUUCUGGUGUCCUUAAAAUAAUAUUGUGGGUCUCCUAUUUACUAUUUUGUUGUAUGGACCCCAAAGAUCUUAUAUGAACCCCUCUUGAGAACCACUGAGUUAAACCAUCCUUUAACCUUGAAAUGUUAGAUUUAUCCAAUUAAGGUAUCUUUUUGUGUUAAAAUAGUCUUAGUUAAGUUACUUUAGGGUGUUAAUAUUAUAGUUUUAAUUCUUAUGUAUUUUAGAUUUUUGAAACAGUAGACAAAUAUGUUCCUGAUAUUCUUUUAUAAUAUUUUUAUAGUUUAUUUCAUUUAUAUCCUUUUACUUAAUAACUUCUUUUAAAUAGAAACCUCUUUCUUUUCUUAUAUUUUGUAAGAUUUAUCUCUUCCACGUAAUUGUUUGUAAUUUCUUUAAUGAAUAUGAAAAAGCCACUUUAGUAUAGAGUAAUGGGGAACCUUUAAAUCUGAACUCUGACAAGCUUGGGUGCUAAAAAGUAGGCUGGAUAGUUCAUACUGUCCACAUAUGUUGGGUACUUUUAAUCAACAUAAGAAAUGUAUAUUAAUUAAUUAGUCUAAUUAAAAAUAGAGGAGUUUGAGUCACUGGUUCCAUAAAUUGAGGAGUCAGUGUUGGAGAUUUUGUGCACUAGUUCCACUGGCCUUCUUUGAUUAUUUCCCACCACUCCUAACUGAUUGAUGCCAAAAUUUCUGAGAAAUAUUUUUACAUUAGAUCUGGUUUAUGAGAGGAAAAGUUCCUCCCUCGCCUUCCCACCCCUCAUUAAGGAGAUAAAAACAAGAAAAAGAUCUCGGUAGACAAUGUCUUGAAGUAUAUUUUAACUUCAGAAUUGUUGAUCUCUAUUAAAUUUUGUUGAUGGUGAUGAUUUUGAUGAGUUUGUUUAAUGUUUUUCUAGUGUAAAUUUUAAGAAUAAAAAAACCAAAUAUCGGAAUUAUAAUUGAAUCAAA